UGAGGACAUUAUGCAGGUUGUCUUCAUCCUGUAGAAAAUAUUCAAUCAUGGCGGCUGGCGCGGCUGCGGCCCUGUUGGAUGAAUUGAUGGGGCGAGAUCGGAAUCUCGCCCCGUCAGAACAGAGAAGUGAGACACAUUGGAGUGAUCCUGAGGUAUGCAAGUAUUUUUUGUGUGGAUUUUGCCCACAUGAGCUGUUUGUCAACACCCGUGCAGAUUUAGGUCCCUGUGAUAAGAUUCAUGAUGAUCUUUUGCGGAAAGAAUAUGUGAAGAGUACACGGUUUGAGAGGAUGGGUUAUGAGGAUGAUUUCAUGAGGUUCUUACAAGGUCUUAUAUCUGAUGUUGAGAAGCGAAUACGCAGAGGACAUAUGCGGCUUGCAUUGAACAGCACACAGGGAUCUCUCAAUGGUAACUUACCAUCUCAGAAAGAAGAAAAAAUAACCAUGCUUACAGAGAAAAUAAAUGAACUUGUCAAUCAGGCUGAACAGCUGGGCUGUGAGGGAAAGGUGGAAGAGGCACAAGGGGUGAUGAAACUCUGUGAUCAGCUCAGAGAAGAACGAAGACAGUUGGAAAAUAACGAGACGGGUGCGUAUUACACUGAUCCUGAGAAGACCCUGGAAGUGUGUGGAUGUUGCUCUGCUUUGUUAGUUGUUGGGGAUGCCCAACAGCGCAUCGAUGAACACUUAAUGGGGAAACAACAUAUGGGGUAUGCCAGAAUCCGUGCCUUUUUAGAAGAACACAAACAGAAAAAAAUACAAGCAGAUAUGGAUGAGAGAGAAGCCAAAGAGGCUAAACUGGCACAGGAACGAGAAGAAAGGGAAAAAGAGAGGGAAAAAGAAAGGGAAGAUAGACGUAAAAAGGAAAAAGAGAAAGAAGAUGAAAAGAAGCGUGAACGGGAAAAGGAGCGAGAGAAAAGGAGGAAGCGAAGCAGGUCUCGCAGUAGGCGGUCACGAAGUAGAGAAAGAAGAUCACGUAGCCGUGACAGAAGAAGAAGCUCAAGUCGAGACAGAAAAAGAAGAUCUCGUAGUCGUAGCCGACAUCGUCACAGGUCUCGAAGUCGAGACCGUCAUAAGUCUAGCCGUCACCGAUCCAGAUCAAGAAGUAGAGGUCGCAGGUCAAGAAGCAGAGAUCGGAGGUCAAGGAGUAGAGGCCACAGGUCACGUAGCAGGGAUCGCAGGUCACGUAGCAGAGGAAAGAGUCGACGUUCACGAAGUAGAGAUAAACGUUCUCGCAGUAGGGACAAGAGCUCGAGGAAACGCUCAAGAAGCCGAGACAAAAACCGUAAGAGCAGAGAAAAAGGGAAGAAGAGUGAAGAGAAGGAUUACAACGGGAGGCAGUCCACCGAGAAAGACAGGGAGGAAGAGCGGGAGAAGGUGAACGAGAAAGACACUAACACCAAGAUCAGUGAAACCAAGACACCGAGUGAAAAUGACAAGACAGAGGAGACACCCAUGGAGCAGGAGACAAAAACACCAGCAGCCAUUGAAUCAGAAGGUGACUCAAAAUAUGAUGCUUGAGGUACCUUGAAGACAUCACAGGUAAGUGAAAACAAUGACGGCAUACCUUGCUGCUGUUAGUGUAAACGCCUUUCACUUUCCAGCUCAACAGGUGAGUGAACGUUUGACAUAACCUCUCCUUCUAUGGAGCCUGCUGAAAUUUGUACUGUUAUUGAAGAUCUUUUCAUUCAUGUUUGUGAAAGUAUUUGAUAUUUUGUCAUUGGAAAAAUACAGAACAUUGUGAUUUUAGCAGGUUUCAUUUGUGGUGAUAUCUUGUGUGCAUGUGCCUACACAUGUGAAUCUGUAUGCUUUAAGUCUUUCACAACUUAGUUUAAAUAUGCAUUUUAAAUGUGUGAGGCUGCUAACAUAAGAUUUUACCUCAAUAGUAGGAACGAGAGGUUAUGAAUGUGAACACAAAUAUUUUCUGGUAUGUACAAAAUAUUAAUUAGCAUGUUUUCUUCACAUAUUUUAAAGUGUAAAUUAAGAGUCUUAUAUAAUGGUUGAAUGGCAUAAAGCAGGUCUCAUGUACAUAUAAAAUGUAGGCCAUAUCUUAAAGGACAAAGAAGCACUUAAUAUCUGCUUUUCUUUCAACCAUUUUUAUCAACCAGAAAAUAUUUUAUGUUGAUUUCUUUGAAAUCAAAUAAUUUUAACGAAAGUUUAACUCAAUAUCAUUUCAUUUAUUUUGAAGUAUGUCUAAACUGGAAAAGAUUUUUUUUUUUUUUAUCGAUUAAAAUUUAUUUCUAAUAAUAUCAGUUUAAGUAUUUUGACAUGUAAUUGCGCAUGAAGUAGUCUGAGUUUGCUUUAAUGGCCACCUAAGAUGGAGCGCCUGCUACUCUUGUAGCAUCAACUAUGUAGUGUUAAUGCCUCUCUCGCCCCAAGUGAUGCCACUAGCGUAAGACGAUGUAGCGAGAGCCAGUCAGAUGAAGGAACCACAUCACCGCUGUUCAUUUCACAAUUACGGAAUAACAAAGUUAUAUCUCACCAGGUAUUUCAUGUGGUGACAGAUUAAUAUUUAGAACAAUUUGCCUUUAAUAACAACUUGUGACCCUUUGUGGUGAUUCUAAAAGCUUCAUUUUAAAAACACCAAGUUGUUAUCAUGGGCAAUAACAUCAAUGCAUGUUCCUGUUUUGAGCUGAAGUAUUGGGUAAUUGUAUUCCACAUUUUGUAGUCACUGCUAAUGUUGUUUUAUUCAGGGAAGGGGUCAUUUCAUAAUUUGGAGGUGAACAAAAUCAAAGGAACAGUUUUCUGUGUAGUGCAAAUGUUAUUUCUAUGACAAUUCACAUUCAUAUAAAACCACAGGAAAAAGCUUCCAAGUAUAGUCGUCAAUGAAUAAGUUUUUUACAAUAUUAUCUUUCUUUUGGCAGUGAACUCAUCACAUAAUAUACAGUAAUUAUUUUACUUAUUUUAAGACUCAGAGCAAGUUAUGCCUCAACAGAUCACUGUUCCAAGAAUAGGAUGUAUUUGGCAUAUAAAUAUGGGCUUAAAAUGAUAAUUUCAUUUAUCAUUAUACCCUUGAUCCAUUUCAAAUUUCAAAAUUGAAAAGUCUACAGAAAUAUGUGGGUAGGCUGACAUAAGGAAGCACGAGAUACCAAGCUAUGUGUGACUGGUUUAAAUAUAAGGUUUCUGUUGCACUCAAGCCAAGAUGGGAGAAAUGAGGAGAGUCUGCGCUCAUCCUCCAUGAGAAUAGCCAUGGGACAUCGGAGCUGCGCUUUCAUCUCUCGUCUUAUUACGUUCAGAGAGGUGGGUCGUAUCUACACUGAUUGUACUCUAUCACAAGCUAUGCAUUAGGCUGUAGUAAACCCACAAACAGUUAUGAACCGCUUUUCAUUUUGUUGUUUUGUCUGGUUGUCUUUGCAGCUUGCUCCAAGAUGCCUGUGGAGGACGAAGUCUUUCCAGAGUCGUGGAACUACCUAAAACAGAAAGAUUGUACUGGUUACAUCUGUUUACAACUUAAAUUUGGAUUAUAUGUAAUUGGGAUUUGAAAGGUUAGAUCUUUUCUGUCGAUAAGUAGAAUGUCCUCGUCUCCAUAAUUCAUUUUAUUGCCAUUUUCCACUGUAGAGAUUCAUUUCUUGUACAUUUUGUAAGUUUUUAAAGCCCACUAUUGCAGGUUCUGGAUCAGGCUACUGCAUAAAGGAUAUUAUGUUUGCUGUCCAUGAAUAAAUUUGCUGAAGUAUGA